CUGCGGCGGGGGCAAUGGCUGGUAUCUCGGAGCGCACCUUCAUCGCCAUCAAGCCUGACGGUGUCCAGCGGGGCCUGGUGGGCGAAAUCAUCAAGCGGUUUGAGCAGAAGGGCUUCAAACUGGUGGCCAUGAAGUUAAUACACGCCUCUGAAGAUCUUCUGAAACAGCACUACAUUGACCUGAAAGACAGGCCCUUCUAUGCUGGUUUGGUUAAAUACAUGAACUCUGGACCUGUUGUGGCCAUGGUAUGGGAAGGACUGAAUGUGGUUAAAACUGGGCGAGUAAUGCUAGGGGAAACCAACCCUGCAGAUUCUAAGCCUGGUACCAUCCGUGGUGACUUCUGCAUUCAAGUAGGAAGAAAUAUCAUUCAUGGCAGUGACUCUGUAGAAAGUGCACAGAAGGAGAUCAACCUGUGGUUCAAACCUGCAGAGCUUGUUGACUACAAAUCCUGCGCACAUGACUGGAUCUAUGAGUAAAAGGUUUCCACAAUGAAUUGUGCCUUCUUAAGAAGUCAUCUCAUUCCAGCUAUUGAUCUGGGAGCAAUCAUCACCACGGUUAUCUUUGUCAUUUUCGGAACUGUCAAAUAAAUGGGAUGAUAAGAACUAA